AAUCCCUAGAAAUUGAGAGAAAGACGGCCGGGGAAGAAAAAUGAUGAACUGGAUACGGAGCAGCGCGUCCGUCGCAAUCGAGCGGUGGAUACGGGUGACGGUGUACGACGGGAACGUCGAGAGGGCUCUCACCGUGUUGCAGCGGAAGAUGCAAUCGAGCGGGAUGGAACGGCUGAUCAAGCGGGCGCAGAUGACUCACCUGAAGAACUCGGAGAAGCGAGUUUUGGCUCACAAGAACCUGAUGGACCGUGUUAAAUCCGAGGAUCUCGCCCGCAAGCUCCAGGGCAUCCUCCAGAAAAAGAUCAGGUGUUGGAAAUGGUUGGGAUGGUGGAAAGGGAUUCGAGAAUAUGGUAGUGCUGAUCAGCCUGUCCAACAAAAUCAAACCCUGCUGGUAGUAAACUUCUCAGUGGAUGGGAUGAGCAAAAAGAAAGGUAAAAAAUGGGGAUCACAGAAAAGUGCAUCAUGGAAAUGGAAUGAUAAUGGAAAUUCCAGUCAUAAACCUUCUGAAAGAUGGAAGGAUAACACAAAUUCCAGCCACAAACCAUCUGAAACAUGGAAUCACUAUGCCAAUUCUGGCCAGAAACCUUCUGAAACACAACCAGUGGAAGAACCAACUUCUGUUUAUAAUCAGAUCGACUUCGAUAAGCUUGCAGCUUAUACGAAUUCACCCAAGGAAAGGGACGUUAUUGCUUAUCGUCUCAUUCAGCUAUCGUCAUCAUGGACACCUGAGCUCUCACCAUACUUAGUAGGGAAGAUAUCAAAGUUCGACCCUCAAACCAAUAAUAUCAAGCUGGUUGCAGUUCCGAAGUAUCCUUUGAUCCCCGAGAACAAACUAGAUGAUGAAGAAUCCGAGGUGCUUCCAGAAACUUGUUCUUUACAAGAAGAUGGCUCUCUAGAGAUGGAUUUUACUUCACUUCUGGAAGUCCGUGCUGUGAACCCUAGCAGUGCUGGGUCAGUAAAGUCCAAUCUUGUCAAUGAAGCCUCUCCAAAUGAAGUUCAAGGUACAGCAGAAAAUGGCGCAAAAAAUCACACAUCUAGUCAAGAAAAAAGAGAAGCAACGAAGAGCCCAUGGGAUGAGAUCAGCGAAGCUUUGAAUGCAAAGAAAGCAGAAUUGUCGCAUGAGGAUAAUAACUGGACGGUCACCGAGAGUUCGGGCACAAACCAAUGGAGUUUCAAGGCGCUGAGAGGCAAGGAGGCGAAAGUAACACAGCAACAAGACAAGCACCGCAACAAGAUGAUAACAAAAAUUCUAUCAAAGAUGGCUUCCGCGGCGCCAAUCCGCCGAGUCCCCAAAAUUACAAAGCAGCGAAUGGAGGCUGCUGCUGCUGCUUCCAAAUACCCCUUCAUGUUGCGGUUCUGUAAGAGCCCGGCCGACGAGCCAUCCUCCCUCUACCAGCUCUACUCUCCGCUCGCCAACGAGUGGUACUCGGCCGACGCCCCGUCGGACCUCGAUGACGCGUUCAUUCACUGCUCCAACUAUGGCUGGUUGCUCUUGUCGAAAGAGGACUUGUUCUUCUUCUUCCAUCCCUCCACCGGAAACACCAUCUACUUGCCCGGUUGUUGCUGGCAGUGCAACCGGUUGAGCUUCUCGGCGCAGCCUACUUCUCCGGAUUGUGUUGUCUUUGCGCUCACCGAAAUGUACCUCGGUUCCUGCUCUGUUUCCACCGCUUUCAUCCGACGGGGGGAAACCCGUUGGACAUACCAAGAAUUCCCUAACAAGACGAUGGUGCCGAGACAGAGCAACUACUUGUACCGCAAGAAACGUUCAUUGUUAGUCGCUCCUACAAGUGAUAAUCGCAAUGGUGGUAGUGACAGAAUAGGCCGGUUCAAACUCCGGACCAAUAAUCGAUGCAAGUGGUCGAGACCCAUCCCUUGCCAGGAGGAUUUUGAGUGGGCUAGCUCUGUUUCAGCCCCUGUUUUCUACAGGGGAGCUUUCUAUUGCCUUGACCAAUACGGAAGAUUAGGAGUUCUCAAACCACCAAUCAAGAAGCAAAAGAAGGACAAGGAAGAGCUUUCUAUGUCGUGGACUCUGCUCCACACCAAACAUUGGGCUUUCUCGGCCGACGAUCACAGCAAGAGCUACCUCGUCGGAGGGGGAGAACAUUUGAUCGCCGUUGUGGUUGGAUCGAGGGGUGAAUCGAUUAGGGUUCUCAAGUUUAACGAGAAUCUCAAGGUGUGGCAGUGUAUUCCUCACCUGAAAGGUCAAGUGGUUUUCUUGAGCUCCCCGUCAAGUAUAACCAUGUCGUGCAAGGAGCUAGGAGUCCCCUGGUUGGACAACACCAUUCAUUUUGCAAGAUUCCAUGAAAUGCACAAUGUGUUCUACUCCCUCUCAACCGCCAAGUUCCACUUGAUGGGCAAUAAUAAGUAUGCUUCACAUGACUUGCUUGGCACAAACAUUCCGCUAAAUUGCACUUGGAUUCCCAACUUCCCCUACCUUUCUGACCGCCAGCUUGACUGGUCGCUACCGAACCCCGAUGCACCGUCACUUGAAGAAGAAGAAGAAAUCACUGAAGAAGAAGGUUUGGUGGAACAAGAAGCAGCAGAGGCAGAGACGGAGCGACCGUGGAUUGUUAUGUCUCACGGAGAGAAAGCAGAAGAAAAGAUCACAUUCGUGGAUUUGGCCACCGGCGUGUACCAUUCAAAGGAGACUAGUAGUAUGGAAGAAAGAUUGAGAGGGAAAAGAGUGUAUGGCCAUGGUUAUGGGCGGGUGCUGCUGAUGGAUCUCGAGGCGCGAGAUUGUGUUCUGUUCAACACAAAGUCUAUGGCUUUCGACUCGCUGCCGACGUGGGAAAAGCGUGAGAACUUCAUCUAUCGAUGUUGUUUGCUCCACAUGCCCGCCGACUGUUCCGAAUUCAUGGUCGUGAUCUUUGGGGAAGCUGCCGGCGAGGGUGUGGCAAUGUUGUGCGGAGUUGGUGAUAAGGAGUGGGCAAUUAGCGAGGGAGGAAGUCAAGUGUUUGUAGCUGCUUCCUACCGAGGCAGGAUUUACGGGAUUGGAACACCACCAGGAAGCAAACUCCGAUUUCUGGAGAUCAAGCUGCGGCCAAAUUAUGGGGUCAAAGUGAUCCAACAGAUUCAAGUUAUGCAACGUUCGCCCAAGGGGUGUGGCGACAUUAAGCGUUAUCUGGUUGAAUCCCGCGGCGAGCUUCUAUUUUUUCACCAGGAUUUCGCCGGGGAUUUCCAUACGAAUCGGAAUGCACACGUUAUCCUGGAUGUAAGGGUGUUCAAGAUCGAUGUCAAGAAGAUGCGAAUGGAAGAGGUAGAGGAUCUUGGAGACAGGGCAUUCUUUUUCGCCUGGUCGUCCGGGGCGUUUCAAUUCACUGGGUCGGGGGGAUUUGGAUGCUGCGCUAGCAAAUUCGGAUUCAAAAGAAACGCCAUUUACCUGGUAUACCCUCGUGACAGCAACCUGUACAUAUACGACUACGUAGAUCGAAGCGUUUUGGUUACCUCAUCGUGUCCGGAGCUGGAGCAGUGUUCCAUGCACCAACUUGUCAUGUGUCAUCAGUUAGUUUAG